CCAUCGACACGUCCUCUGGCAGCAACCCACCCACCAUAACACAACCACAUCGAGCCCUCUCGCCACACGCAACUCGACGCGCCAAGAUCAUCAGCAGCAACUAACGCCAACUCCCCGGACCUCUCCAUUCUAACAAGCGAACAUCAUCAUGACAAGCUACGGCGAGGCGCGUUUGAUGGAUUCCCCUCGGGCCAACCUCGUGGAUGACUUGACCACGACCUCAGGGCUCAUCCUUGCCUACGGGAUCAUCGUGAUCAUCGGCGGGACGGUAGACCUGACCGCUGCCUCCGCCAAGGGCGUCGACUGGAGUGGCAGUGACGGGGUCUUCCCGCCCAUCGCGAUUCUGCUCGCGCAGCUGACGGUCACCCUGUUCGGUCUGGUAUCCAUGUUCCUUGGAUUCCAGUAUGUCGCGAGUCGGUGGGGAAGCAAGGUCACUUCCCUCUUCGGCCUUGGCAUCACCCUCGCCGCCUGGUUCCCCUUCCUCACUACGGUCGCCUUGAUCGCCUUCCAAGCCGACCACGGGAACGUCGGGGGCGGGGCCGGGCCUCUGCAAAUCUUGCACCCGACUAUCUCCGUCAGCCAGGGAGAGAUUAACUCGAUCGCUCUCAUGGGCAUCCUCGGAUUCUGGGGCUACGCGGGCACUGUCAUCGGUGCCCUGACAUUCCUUCAAUGGAAGAUGUACCGGUUCUUCCAAGGAGGCGCGUCGACCUACUCCGCCACGUACUACCGCAGCCGUCUCGGGUACUACGGGUUCCUGUCCCUCAUGGUCGGCGCCCUCCAGGUCGCUCUCGGCUCCUUCGUUGAGGGUAUGUUCGGAUGGGGCCAGCUCCCUUCGCCCGUGGUGUCCGGCCCCUUCUUCAUCUUGUGGCCCGAGCUCAGCAUCACUGUCGGAGUCUGCCAGGUCCUGUUUGGGUUCUACAUUCUGUACCGCUCCACCACUCCCGGAGUCGGCCCCUCCACCGGAAACAAGGACGCUGGUAUGUUCAAGUUCCAAGUCGUGGCCUGGAGUGUGUUCCUCAUCAGCAUGGGCGCCCAGGUGCUCGGCCAGGUUUCUCUGGCCGCGAGCGCUAUGCCGGCGCUCUUCAUCAGGAAUGUCAUCGGCUUCGCCUUGUUCCCCAUCUACCUCGACGUGCUGUCGCACACGACGCCCGAGAACGUCACGCCAGACAUGUUCAGCAUGUCCAAGACCGUCGGAUCAGGCAUCUAAGAAGACUCGCACCUAACCCCCGGAACUUCUCCCCGAAGCUCCCUGACCGUUCGGGUGUUGCCUGGAAACAAGACGGCCAGAUGAACGCAACCCAGGCGGCCGGUUGCCAUAGGCGU